AUGCAGGAGUAUGAGGACCUGAAACAUAUGAGUCCUGUGAAUACGGUCGGCACCGCUGGAUGUUACCUACCUCACCAUGGAGUCCUCCGCCAGUCCAGCUCCAGUACUAAGCUUCGCGUUGUCUUCAACGGGUCACAACGCACCACCUCCGGAGACUCCUUCAACAAGCAUCUAAGAUCGCCGCUUCCAGCGGAUACUCUGGCACUCAAGGGCUUCCGACAAGAAUUCGAGCUGAACACCGUGACCUACGGGCUCGCCUGCGCUCCGUUCCUCGCCGUCCGCACACUUCGCCAACUAGCAGCAGACGAAGAAGCGCGGGGCCCGAAGGGGGCAGCCGCUCUGCGCCGUGACUGUUACAUGGACGAUGUAAUUACUGGAUCGGACACCUUGCGCGAUGCGGUCGCUUUACAGACGGAACUCCGAGAGCUUUGCACGGCGGGCGGGUUUCCACUGCGGAAAUGGGCCGCCAAUAGCGAGGCAAUCCUUGAGGGAGUUCCUCAGAAUCAUCGACUCCAGCAGGCGCACCACUCCUGGGAGAGCGAGGUGCACUUCAUCUUAGGCCUGCGCUGGCAUCCCGCCAGCGACGUCUUUUCUUUCUCGAUCCAGCCUCGAGUCUCUGGGGGAUACACGAAAAGGCGAGUCCUAGCGGAAACGGCGCGGUUAUUCGACCCUUUAGGAUGGCUCGCCCCCGUUAUUAUCCGCGCCAAGAUACUAAUCCAAUCAGCGUGGUUGAGAGGGCUGGAUUGGGACACUCCGCUCCCAACGGAGGACGCGCAGUCCUGGCAGCGCCUUCUCUCCGAACUCCAUUUACUGGAGCGCCUCCGAAUAAGGCGCUGGCUGGGCACUAUCCACCAGGGCCCGCAGAUCGAAAUCCAUGGGUUCGCCGACGCGUCCGAGCAUGGUUUCGCGGCGGUCGUCUAUCUUCGCGUGGAGAGUGCCGACGAGACGUCCAUACACCUACUGGCGGCUAAAAGCAAGGUCGUAUCAAUAAAGCCCGUGACGCUUCCACGGCUAGAACUCUGCGCUGCAUCCUUGCUGAUGAGACUUGCACAGCACCUCCGGUCUUCGCUCAACCUACCAUCGACAUCAGUAUACCUCUGGUCCGACUCCCGAGUCGUCCUCCACUGGAUCAAGGGCCAUGCAUCACGGUGGAAAACCUACGUGGCCAAUCGAGUGUCGCUGAUUCAGCAGCGGCUCCCCGAAGCUCAGUGGAGGCACGUCCCUGGACAAGAUAAUCCCGCCGAUUGUGCAUCCAGAGGCAUCACACCAAGGGACCUGUUGAACCACCCCCUUUGGUGGAACGGCCCGGCCUGGCUGCUCAAGGAUCAGUCGCUAUGGCCGGACAGUAACGACCAGACAUCGAUAGAAAACGCUCCUGAAACAAGAAUGACUGUAUUAGUCGCCACCAGCAAGGACAGACCGGAGCCGGAAAUCCUCCUCCAGUUUUCAACGCUGCAUAGGCUCUUACGUGUCUCCGCCUGGUGCCUUCGUUGGCGCCGAACUUCUCGCCACUCUCCCAGCACUGCACUGCUCCCGGGCGAACUCGACUCCUCUCUCCUCCGUUGGCUUAGGGUCGUCCAGGGAGUCCACUACGCUGCUGAGCUCGCCGCCGUGCGGGAGUCUCGUCCAAUGCCUCGCGGCAGUCACCUGGUCAGACUGCACCCCUUCAUCGACGACGAGGGAAUCCUGCGUGUCGGUGGUCGCCUGAAACACGCAAUACUGACCUACGAUGAGCGGCACCCCAUGAUAGCACCGCCCACUUCAUGA